UGUGUGUGUGUGUGUGUUUAUGUAUAACUGAGAGUUUGCAUAAAAAAAAUUUUUUGCAAUGGAACAAUUUGGAUAUUAAAUUUGGUUGUAAAGCGUCAAAAAAAAUACAUAAGAAUAUUAUAAUCUAAUCUCCGGCGCAAAUAUAACAAUUUUUCUUGUUUGCUUGAUACGUAUGGUUCUCCUGGGCAUGUGUUCUGUUAAAAUGAUUUACAAUGUGUUUGAUUAGUUUGCCUUUGACACUGUCUUCGUGCUCUUGAUAACGAUAUGUUAGGUUUCACGUAGGUACAUAUUACAUGAACAGAAUGAUAUGCUAUGUAUCAGAAUAUUACUACAUUUAUUACACUAUUAGGCAGUAGAACAUGUAGUUGAAAAUGAUGGAUCAAAUAAAAAACUUUAAUUAGAAAACGAUUUUUGUUGUUUCUCGUCCUGAUCAUGUACGUCAUUGUAUUAUUACUAUACACAUCGAGAGUACAUUUUCGCUCCCGACUUGGUACUUUAUUGCAUGUUAACUCAGUUGUUAUUAAAGCGUGAUACUGUGUUCCAAUUGGGACAGAAAUCCAUUGGGCAUAAGAAGAACUCAGUCGUUGAUCAAUAACUACAUUUUUGAUGUUAUUGUGUAUAUGCUGUACUAUAAAGUUUAUUUGAUAAAUAAACAGAUCGGUCAAAUGGACAAACUAUUCGUUGCACCAUAAAUCGCACUGCACAAAAUUAGAUGAAUCAAAGAACUCCGUAAUCGUAGGUUUAUAGAUGUAAAUAAUAUUAUUUACAUCUAUAAAUACAUUGCAAUGGUAUUGCAAUGGUAUAUAUCAAGAUAAUAUGCAUAUAUUAAAAUUGUAAACUAUGUUACACAGGUAUUUGUAAUCUCGUUGUCCGAUCACUGAAUAAACAAUAUUUAUCUUUUGGAUUUUUUUCGAUCUUUCGAUCUUUCAUCUUCUCCUUUGUUCAAUAAAUUGUUUCAUUGUAGGUGUAGAAAUCCUAUUAAAAAUUUACAGUAUUGUAAAAAAAUUUUAUGUUUACAUCAAUACAUAGUAUUCUUUGUAUUCUUUAUGUUACAUAAUUCAGUCUUCUGAUAUGCUGAAUUUGUACGCUUAUACAGCAACAUUUCGAGAAAACAAUAAUAAUCAUUGUGCAUUUGCACUGAAUUGCGAAAGCCUGGACCCAGGCUGCGUCAGAAAUGAGGUUAAAAAUUCUUCAAUUCAAUUUUAACAGCAUCGAGUAGGAAUUACAGUUUCUAACUUCUUCGAAAUAAGCAAUGUUCUUUUUAGUGAUGUGAGUACAUAAUUUAUCUAUAAUUUUAUUAUAGUUUAUACAAAACUUUUCUCGAACUGUGAUGUAAGUAAUAUAUUUGAAAAAAUUAAAUGACGUAAAUUUAUUUUUCAAUUAAUGUAUUACUUCCGUUUAUUACAGCACACAUAUUUACUUAAGAUUAAAAAUUAAUUUAUUUUUUUAAUUUUCCUAAUUGUUUCGAAUUAUUAGAUAUUAACUGUCUUUCUUUUUGUACAAGUUUAUUUGUAGAUACUAAGCUUAAUUAAUAAUUCUUUAAAUGCAUUUAAUUUAUUAAAAUUGCGUUAUGCUUGCGUAUGCAAUCUAAUGUUAUAAAAUUGCCGUAGUAAUACGUUGCUUUCUAUUGUGUGAUACAUCAAGGAGGACUUACGACUCUUGUUAGAGCGCUUAAUUGUUAGAGCAUUUUGUGUGUUCCAGAAAGCUUUACUAUUUUCCAUCAAAAUAUUCUGUGUCGCGACCGCCAAUAUAAUUAAUAGCUAUACUUACUUGUGAAACUGCCGAUUAACAAUAAGAGCCGAAAAUGGAGGAUAUUCGUAUCCAAACGCAAGACAACUUGCCUUCGAUAGAGCACAUCUUACGUCCAAUAACAUAUACCUCGUGGCUUCUGGGUGCCGGUGUUGCACAUCCGCGCAAAUAUCCCAAGACUAUCACGAUAAUUCCAUAUAUAAUUCAUUUGGUCCUGUGUUUUAUUGUCAUGAUAUACAACAUCAUAUUGUUCUUUAACAUGUAUAAUCUUUUCCAAAACAUAUACACUAUUUUAUUCUUUAUUCAAUUAGUGAUAAAUAAUGUAUUUACGUAUUAUUGCAUUUAUCAAAUGAUUGGGCAAUAUGACAAGUGGCCGGAGCUAAUGGAUAAAAUAAAAGAGUUCGAUCAGAGGAUUAGAAGGGAAAUACUUAUACAUGGCGGGCCAGUAAAAAUCGCGGAAGCACUAGCGAUUCUAGUGACGUUUGCUUGUUGUCCAUUGUGGAUAAUUGUGGACAUCUUGUAUUAUUAUAUUACAUAUCCAAAUCUGAUCCGGAUUUACUUUAUAAUUACUUACUUCAAGUUAGGCCAAUCCCUCAUCAACAGCUUCGUCUUUGACGUUGUUGUUUAUGUACUGUAUCAUAGAUUACAAGCGAUAAAUAAAUUGAUUGGCCAAUUGAAUGAGUUCUCCGACGCGCUUAAGAUUAGACGCAUCCGAAAAAUGCAUAAUGAUAUUUGUGAUCUUCUCAUCAUGGUAAAUGACAUUUAUAGUUUUAAUCUUCUCCUUUGUUCGGUGAACUGUCUCAUUACGGUCCUAGUAUUUCUAUCCCGAAUCUACGUGGAUGUUAAGACAAAAAAUUACAUCUUUAUGUGGGUACAUAUUACAAUUUUGAUUCUGUACACCACGCAAUUUGGUUUGAUGUGCUGGAAUUGUACGCUUGCGCGUCGAGAAUUCGACAAGACUGAGACAAUUAUAUACGAAAUUGUAUUGAAUUUCGAACAUGUGAAUCUUGAAUUAAAAGGAAGGAGGAGUCAAUCAAAUCUAGAAAUGCGAACAUUAGUGCAAGGUUCGAACAGAUGGCAAAAUUCUGUUUGGAACAGCAUUCACUAUUGGAACAACAUUGACACAGAAAAUUUGCAAAGUCGUCAUGCAGAAAAUCUACGCAAAAACUUGAAUUGUGAGCGUAUUAGAAAUGAGAUGAAUGAUUUUUUGAUUCAACUACAACAUCGUCGAAUAGUAUUUACGGCCUGUGAUUUCUUCGAAAUAAAUAAUGGAGUGUUUUGUGGUUUUAUUGGCAUAAUCAUCGGUUAUACAACAAUUUGUAUUCAAUUUUUUGAAAGUUGGAUAUUAGAAAAUUCGAACUAGUGUACACUCAGUGCAAAGGAGAUGGGAAAAAAUUAAUCGAUUUUUGCCCCCAGCUGGCAAGUGAAAUCGAUAUGUUUUCUUAUAGUUUUUUGGUCAUAAAAUAACGCGAUGAUAUUUAUUUUGCCCGAAAUGUGGGGAAACACGUGAAAAACUAAGUUUAAGUACGAUAAUUGCUAAAAUUGCGUUAUACCGUUUGUUGCGGAUAAUUCUAUUAAUAUCAAUAUCGAUAAGAUAUUUUUAUCUGAAAAUGCGAGGAAAAAAGACUUAAAACAGAGACAUAAAGUGUGAUUAUUGUGAAGAAUCUAGUUUCAUUAAUAUUUUUUUAUGGAUGAUAGUGUUCGAUUUUUGUCUUCUGAUAUUAAAUUUGAUAUUAAAUCUGAUAUUAAAGCGUCUGUUCUAUUGUCGCUAAAACAUCUGUCCUUUUUUGUUUACUCUCCGUCUCACCCUUUCGAAAAGACGGAGAAGUGGAAGCGCUUUCGGCUCGCGAGCUAAGUUUGGACAGGCCUGUAAUAUAGCAUUUCAUUUAAAAAAGUUUUAAAAAAAGACUUCAAGGGUACAUUUUAUUAGAACAAAAUAGUCUUUAUGUGAUUCUACAAUAAAAAACUAUUAAAAAUAUACCUGAAUUUGACCUUUUUUUUCUUGCAUUAUAAAA